AUGGAGGGCGAGAAGCUGCGAGCAAAUGACAUCGUCAGGCUGUCGAAGAGAGCGAGUUGGCUGGAGCAGCCGAGCGCCGAGCUGCCGGAGGUGCGGGUCAACCUCCGACGCAUUCUGCUGCUGUCCGAGGUGGCGAGGUGCAAGGCCGACUACGAGUUCCUCGACAAGUACAUCCACCGGGUCAAGUAUUUCCGCGAGAUGCCAUCGAGGGAUCGAUUGCGGUUCUUGAAGGCAGCCAAGGGCAUCGAACUCGAAGACGGAGACGCUCUGUUCCGCAUAGGCGACCGCGCUGAUGCGUUCUACUGCAUCAUGUACGGCACCAUGAGCGUGGUCAUGGACUUCUCGCGGAUGGCAGCCCCCACGCUGAACGAGUUCGAGGAGAUCAUGAAUCGUGCACGCGUGCACUCGAGCUUCCUGAAUCCGGGAGGAAAGCUUGAUAUGUCGCAUGACGCGACGUACGUCGUGCGCACAAUGAAGCCGCUGGAAGUGUUCGGCGAUGUCGGGUUGCUCCUUGAAGAGCAGCAGCGGACAGCGUCGGUGGUGGCCACGGAAACCACUUUGCUUAUGCAGAUUGACCGCGACACUUUCAUGGCACUAAGAGCGUGCAACCUGUCGCGAGAACUCCGUGAGAAAAUGGCCUUCUUGGCGAGGGUAGCGUGCCUGGAUCAUUGGGAAGACGAAGCCAUCUUGAAGCUGUGCGAUCGGAUGGAGAAGAUUCAGCACACUUACAACGAUGUGGUCGUCAUUGAGGGCGAGCCUGCAAACAACUUCUAUUUCGUCAUGCGCGGUGAAUGCCGGCUAGUCAAGCGCUACUCGGGACUCGAGCAGAAGCAACGGGAGCGCAAGACGCCCUGCUUCGUUGAAAUAUCCACCAUCUGCAGCCAGCACUACUUUGGUUUCUACGAAGCGAUCCUAGGCGUGACCAACGCAGUGUUUUCCGUAUUGGUUUCUUCACCAACUGCCGUUCUGUACCGUGUUGACCGCGUCGAUUUCUGCCAGAUUUUACUCAAAGACGCCUCUACCGAGCAGAUUUUGCGCCAGGAAGUCAUUGGACUUUCAGCUCGAGCCGAUACCACCGCCGUCAAGCGUGACUUGCAGCGUGAAACAAAGUGGAACCAGUACAAGCACGAGCUGGUGGACUCGGUGCUCACUCGACACGAAGAAGAGCAUAUCCCCAUAAUGGGGCCACGGCCCGACCUUGGUGGACAUCGAUCAGUGCGCGAACCGAAUUUUAGCUUGCCAAAGAUGCCGCUGUCGCCGAAAUCUGCUAGAAGCGCUCAAACCGAGCGAGGGGUUCCAGGCGUGUCCUCUGGCCAGCUCCGGAGAGCUCAAAAGCCUUUAAUGGAGAAGCCCAAGGCAUCUCCUCGUCGAAAUGAUGGCAGUUGGCUCAGCUGGGCCCGCCACCGCGCUGGAAGCAACGAUAUCACAAGUCUGAAUCUCACUGACAACAAGAGUGAGCAGGCGCUUGUUAGCAACGUGCAGUGGGGCAAGGCCUCGCAGAUCAUGGGUGGGCUACGCAACGACGAGGACAAAGUCUCCACGGUCAUCGUCGAGCUGUUCAAGACCAAGAGGAUAGAUCACUAA